AUGUACCGUCGCAGCGACCCCAGGUGGAAUCGCACGCUCCACCAGAUUACGGAGAAUCUCGAGCACGCAAACGAAUCGGCGCAGGAGAACAUCUACGGCUUCACCCAGCGCUACGUCAACCCAUGCUUCUCGUCCAUGACCCAAUGCGUCAAUGCGUGUACGGCGCCAUGCUUCCCAGCGCACAACGACCGCCGGCGCAAUCGCGGACGAUCACGCGGCCGGGCAGAAGUCAGCUUCGACUUCUACGACGACUGGGAGGACGACGAGAACGACGGUCUUUUGGGCUGGGGCACCGACAACCUCGACCGCUUUCUCGGCGGCGCGGCCAACUAUGGCGCGACGACGCAGCCUGGCCGACAGAGCGGCAUGACUUAUGGACAGCGAAACCGCGAUCCGAGAUACAAUACGCCGCGGCGCAAAAGCAUGACACUGCCGCGAGACGGCGCCCAGGACCCGACUCUCAUCCCAAGUUCUUCUUACUUUGGCUUCCUGGGACGACUGCCUUGGAAGAUUGGGGGUCGGGGACUGCGAUACAAGCCAUCAGCGGCAGACCUUACCGACCACCCAGGCGCGACGCGAAGGAGUCUGGAAGAGGAACAGCCGCUGAUCGACGACAGUGAUGAGGAUGCUCUCGAGGGGCCGGAGAACAAGGGACAUCGCAGGCAGAGAAGCAACACGCAUACGUCUGGACACACGACCGACUCGCUGAGUUCCAGAGGCGACAUUUUCCCCAGCGAAGACGAGCUUGAGGACGCGGUACCGCUCGACGACGAGUUCACCAUCGCGCUCGAGCGACGUACCACAGGCCAGUGGAACGAAGAUAGCACCAGCAGCAACAAGGCACGCUCAAGUAAGAGCAAGCGGCCCUCUGCAUCACGCCUAUCCACCCGAACUGUCUCUUCGCGCAACACAAGCAACUCAGAUAAACCACCAUUGACCCAGCGCUCCACCUCCGAAACCAUCGAAGAAGUCCCCACUCUCGACCAACUACAAAAGGAAGAGGAACGCCUGCGUCUAGAGGAAGAAAUGGAAGUCCACCGCAAGCGUCAAGAAGCCCAACAGCUCGCCGUCAAGCGUGGCCUAGCCUCCGACCAAAAAGCUCUCUCUACCAAAUCCAGUACGCCUCGCUCCUUGUCGCCAACCCAUGCAAUGGCGACUGUGAAUUCGACUGUAUCGCCACUUGUACGCACGCCCGCUGGCGAAACUGCGCCUGCGGCCGACCAGAGCGACUCGAUGCCAUUUCCCAGUUUCGUAGAUAGCCAGACGAUGCCGGAUAGUAGUGGGUUUUAUGUCGAUGAGAGUGACUAUUCGAGCAAGGCUGUCACGCCGAAUCGACCCUUGUCUAUCAAGGAAGAGGUGAGGGAAGACAGGAAAGGAGCAGAUGAUGGAGAGGCAUUUGUUCCUGCUCGAUUACCCAAUUUUGUGUCUGAGUAA